AUGCAUGAUACCGAAAGUGUACUCGUGCAUUCUAACAUUGAUCGAAGAACAUGUGGUCGCGUUAAGCCUAUGAAAGUCCUGGUCCUAGGACUAUGCCGCACCGGUACCUUGUCAACAUGGUUGGCUUUGCAGGAAUUGGGUUACGACACGUAUCACAUGACGUCGAUCAUGCAAAAUCCUAAGGAUGCUGUUAUGUGGACGGAAGCUUUCCAAGCCAAAUAUCACGGAGGAAAGCCAUAUGAGCGGAAGGACUGGGACCAGCUAUUGGGCCACGUUGAGGCCAUCACCGACUUCCCGGGGGCUGUCUUCGUCGAGGAGCUGACGCAAGCCUACCCAGACGCUAAGGUGGUUCUGACUUUGCGCGAUCCGGACGACUGGGUGCGAUCGAUGAAACAGACCAUCAUGGCACAGACCUACAGUCCCCUUGCCACUUUUAUGGGAUGGAUCGACCCCGAGUACUUUGGCAUUGGCAACCGGAUGUGCCGUAUGGGCUUCGACGGACUCUUCCGUGGUGAUUUUACGCGAUACGGCCGCCAGGCCUUUGUCGAACACUAUGAUCUUGUUCGCCGGGUUGUUCCUGCUGACAAUUUGCUCGAAUGGAACCCCAAGGAAGGAUGGGAGCCACUCUGCGAGUUCCUGGGCAAGCCGAUCCCAACAACCUCUUUCCCUCGAGCCAAUGAUGCCGCCGUUUUUGCCAACAAAUCUGCGGCUGUCAAGCGUGCAGCCUUCCUUCGCCUUGGAAAGAAGCUUGUGGUUUAUGGACUGGGUAUUACAGUGGCCUACUUCGCCGCUCGCUACGGACAUCAAGAGUACCUACGGAGAUGA